CUGCUAACAAAACGCUGUUUUUAAAGGGAAAUCAAGGUUGUUGAGGUCUGGGGAGGGAGUAGCAGGUUCAAGCUCGCUGCUGGUUGCCAGGCCUUCUGGAGCAGAAGAGCUGUGCUGUUCCCCCUUUGUCCUCUCAUGCCCCCCCUUGUGUGUUUCCCUGUGUGUUAGUAACCCCACACCCUCACCCACCCCACCCACCUGAUCCCUCGUGUUGUGUCACCACUCCAUCCCGAAGACCCCGUCUCACCCCAUGCUUGGGACAAAGCCAGCUCACUGCCAGCCCAAUGACUGCCUGGAUCGUCCUGCCUGUCAGCCUGUCUGCCUUCUCCAUCACAGGAAUAUGGAUAGUGUAUGCCAUGGCUGUGAUGAAUCACCAUGUUUGUCCUGUGGAGAACUGGUCUUACAAUGUAACAUGCAUGGAGGAGCUGCCUCGGCCAGGCUUCCCCAAGACAUGUUGCACCAUCCAGGACAUCCCCCUCAUCAGUAAAUGUGGUUCUUAUCCUCCUGAGAGCUGCCUGUUCAGCCUGAUCGGCAACGUUGGAGCCUUCAUGGUGGUGAUGGUGUGCCUUCUGCGCUACGCCCAGGUGAUCGAACACAGCCACCGAUGUUGGGUCAACACCAGCGCUCUAGUGUCCGGCUGCACCAACGCUGUGGGUCUGGUCAUGGUGGGCAACUUCCAGGUUGACCAUGCCAAAUCUCUACACUAUGUGGGUGCUGGUGUGGCUUUCCCGGCGGGGCUGCUGUUCGUGUGCCUGCAGUGUGUGCUCACCUACCGCGUGGCUGUGACGGCCCUUGACUACUGGAUGGCCCAUUUUCGAGUGGCUCUGGCACUGGGAGCGAUGGUCUCCCUCGUCCUCAGCGGCAUCUUCUUCAUUCAUGAGAGUUUCAUCCUGCAACACGCUGCCGCCAUCUGUGAGUGGGUCUUCACAGUGGACAUCCUGGUCUUCUACGGCACCUUCACCUACGAGUUUGGCACCGUCACCAGCGAGACCAUGAUGGCCGGCCUGCAGCAGAGCCACCAUCAUGGGUCAGGGGUCAUCAUGGGCCCCAGGGGGCGGAGCUCAGCGUUGGGCGGGGCAACCAAGGGCCUCAAGUCACCCGGGGGAAGCAGCACGUCCACACAUCUCAACUGUACUCCGGAGAGCAUAGCCAUGUUGUAGCUCUGCACCCCAAAGGUCUGAAACGUCACCGCAGAGUUUCCCAUGAGCCACAGGGAGGCAAGUGACAGGGGCAGCAUGUGACGGAAAAUGGGUUCUAGUGCUGUACGAUCCUGUUUUUAUUGUAAUUUUUUUUUGUCCCUCUCUAAUGUUGGCUCCUGGCGUUCAGUCGGUGCUGAAUAUCUGGAGCCAAAGUGAGUACUGUAACCAUGAAUGUUUUCAGGACACUUUUUUUUUUUUUUUUUUUUAAGUAAGCUGUUGCAUCACUGGUGUUUUGACGGAAACAGAAACUUAAUCCACACAAGUUUCCCCUUCCUGCUGACAUUCCUUCAUGAUCUGCCCUCCCGAUGCUUAACGUGGCCCGUCUGUUUGGGCCUUUAGCUUCUCACUGCACGGCACACUUUCUGAAUAGGGGAAAAAAAACUUCAUGUCUAAGAUUUGAGUUUGCAUAGUGUGUAGAAAAUACUGAAUGUGUGCAAAGUGAAUAGUUACCAGUCCUUUGUUUGUUUUUUUUAUAGGCUGUCGACAUAUGGCCUUUUUUUUAAUCAAUCAAGCAAAAGUGAUCUGGCAAAAAAAUUUUAACCUGACAGUUUUUAGUUGCACUCUUUUUGCCUGAUCCCUGCAAAAGAUGAUUUUGAAUGCUAAUUUUGAUGGUAUUUUGAAACAGUUUUACUUAUACAUGUGUCCACUACAUGUCAUUUUGUGAGUUUAGGACAUCUGGGUAAAAACUACUGAUCUGUUCUGCUGUUACGACUGCGGCUGUGCGCAUUCACCUUUCAGUCUGUCCACUACUGAUGCAUGGUUUCUUUUCAGUAUCGUCAUGUCAUACUACCUUUUCUCAUCAUGUCCAGUGCAAUAAUCAGUCAUCUGAUAUUUUACUCUCCAUCAGAGUGGAUGAUGCCUUUUUUCUGUGUGUUGGAGUGAACACAGGGCUCUUAUCUGUAAAAACAACAGCAAGACAUCUGAAGUGCCCUACGUGAGCUAGGAAAAUGCACGAAGGAGAAAUUGGAUGAAUCUGACACGUUUGCGUCCACACACUUAUUUAAUUUGAUUCAAGGCUGGACCCUUGGAAGCCUUAUUUUGAGAGUAGGUUUUCUUUUUAAAGCAACAUUGUUCAGAGGAAAGAAGUAAAUGCUUGUAGACCUUUGUGCCAUAAAACUUGUUACAGUGGUGUCAGUACAGUGUUACAACCAGACGACAUACAGGUUGUAGAUGGUGUGUGUUUUUAUUUAAUGUUGCCAAUUUCAUUUUCUUUUUUUUUUUUUAAGUAGUAAAUUAAAUCAACACCAAACUGCCAAACUCUCACUGCUCAAGCUGACUAAUGCCGCCAGGAAAAGUGUAACCCCAUAUUAAUUUUAUUCUUUUUUUUAAUGUGAUUUUUUUUUUUAUGUGUGUGUAUAUUUCAUAACUACACUUGCACAGUAUUUAGCCCUCUGCGUAGUGUUGAACAUUUUAACCUGUCUUACUACUGGAUGCCAGCAAUACUUGUUUUUAAAGGUCGCAUCACCUACCUCUUUUAUCUUCUGUGGGUUUGAGGUGAAACCGAGAGUUCUGACAUGUUUUCCAUCCGAUAAAAUGUCAGAGGUCAGUAUUUGUUACGCUGGUGAUUAUGACUGACGGGUGGAUCCGAUGUUAACAAAGAUCAUGUGUCAGGUUGUAUAAUGUCAAUUUUCUUUUUUAUGUUUUUGCCUAAGUUCUUGUUUCUUCACUGCAACAAACUUGACAGAUGUGUUUAUUGUUCUGUCUUCUCUUGCCAAAAAGACUGGAGUCUACUGUUUUUUGUUUUUUUUUAUUGUGUCUUUUGGUGUAUGAACUGUCUCAGCCUUAUCCCUCAUACUGUGCCAGAGGCGUGUGUUCAGAUGUUUUUGGGGGGUUUUUUUGUGUUCUUUUGUUCAGCUGUAGCCUGUUUGAUCAUAAUGUAACCAAGUCACUUCAAAAUGGCAGCUUGUAUGAACCCUUACAUCAGGGUUGGAUUUAAUCUGUAAAACCAUCUACCAUCUUCACAAGCCAAAAUUUAAAGGUAGACUUUUUGUUUCUUUCUGUGCAUUUCAGUCGAUUGCUUUAAUAAGUUUGUUUAUGAGAGAAUCCUGUAUUACAAAAGGUUGCCUGACCUGUACAUGUCUUGAACUCCAGCAACAGCAACACAGAAACAAUCUAUCAAAUAUUUACCCGUCUAAUUUCCUGAAUCUGAAAAGUGUGUGUAAGAAUGGAAAUGUUGGAGAAAUCCCUGAAAACAAAACACAGAUUUUAUUUCCUUUUAUAAAUUCUGUAAAUAUGUAUGAUUUGUCUAUCAUUUAGGUAUUUUGAUUUGACAGAGAUUUAUAUUCAAAUAUGAAAUAAAAAAAGAUAAAUUAUUAGCA